GGCAGUUUUAAGGAUCCUGGGGACUUUACUGUUCAUCAGCUGAGUCAGGUUUGGAACCUAUUGUCUUCAAGUUAAAUAUCAAACUGCCAUGGGAGCCCGACAAAUAUUAUUAUUCUUGCUGGUACUUACAUAUGCAACAUCAACAACCAGAACAACAUCCAUGAAAGAGGCAUCAAUGCCCUCAGUCUCAGUUGCUACCAAUAUCAGCGAAAUAUGCGGAUGCUGCUGUGAAUGCUGCGAUGAAUCUGCAAUGUCAACUUCCACAGCUGCACAAACAACAAUCUGUGAGACAGCACCAACCACCCAAAUAACAGAUUUUGCACCAACAACAGAAAGUGUCUCUACCAGUACUACAAUUUCACCAGGAAAAAGUACAGCCACAACCUUAACAACUGGUAAAGCAACAACUACUACAUUUCUACAAACAUCAACUACACCUAUACCUACUACAACAAACAAUGUAACAGUGUUAAAAACAACUCCACCUAAAACAGCUAGUGUUGCCACAACAUCAACAAGGGAAAGCACAACUACUGUCUCACCUGCAACAAUAAUCCCUACUCAAGGCACUACCACAACAUCACCCCCAUCAAAGAAAACAGAUGCUUUCACAACAUCAACAGCCACUUUUCACCCAACAAAAUUUUCAUCUGUGCCGCAAACAACAGAUCAUGUCACAACUUUUAGAACAACUUCAAAAACAAGAGACUUACCAACAUCAAUACCAGUUUCCCUUACAACUACCACAUCUCCAUCAACAACUAUAGAUGUUAAAACAACACCUACAGUAGCUAAAACAACGACAACAAUAACAACACGGACAACACUCGCAACAGUACCGGCAAUAUCAACUACCACAUUUCAAGCAACUGACUUUGUCCCAGAAAUUAGUACAGCUCUGCCAACGACUACACGUGGUCAAGCAACAACACAUGCUUUUUCUGCACCAACACCUAAUCGGAACACUAUCACAACAACAACCGGAACAAAUGCAUUUACAACAAACAUUAAAACAACAACAAUCCCUGGUUCUACAACAUUUAUAACACUUGUUCAUACAACCACUACAGCCUCACCAUCAACGAAAUAUACUAAGACUACAAUCACAGAAAGACCAAAUACCAUUACAGAAACAACAGCAAUAACAUCACUCCAAACAAGCACUACAACAAUUUCCUCACCAGGAUUUGUUAUCACCACUACAACAGCUGCAUCAACAGGGACAACACUUUCUCCAACAACCACAGUCUCUACAACAUUUGCACAAACAACAGACACUGGUACUACUAUUACAUCAUCACCAAUAUUGAGUACAAAUGGAAGUCUGGAUACAGCUUUUACAUCAGCAGGUACAUUUCAGCCAACAACAAGCCCAUCAGCACAACCAACAACAGAAAAUGUCACUAUCUCUAGAACCACUGAAUCAACAACCAUACUCAGUGAAAGAACUUCUCCUUCUCCAGCAGAAACCAUUUCCCUUACAACCAUCACCGCUCCACCGACAACAACAGAUGUUAAAACAACAUCCACAGAGGAACCCAAAAAAGGGAAGACAACGGCAUUUUCAACUACACUGACAACUACCAGUGCUGUUUUCACAACAGAGAGUGUUGUCACAACCCUUACAACAGAUGGCACUAAAACAACUUCACCAAAAACAACUCAUGUUACCACAACAUCAUCAGAAACAAAGGAAAACCCAACUACAGUCUCACUCACAACUAUAAUCCCUACUCAAGGCACUACCACAACAUCACCCCCAUCAAAGAAAACAGAUGCUUUUACAACAUCAACAGCCACUUUUCAUCCAACACAAUUUUCAUCUGUGCCGCAAACAACAGAUCAUGUCACAACUUUUAGAACAACUUCAACAAGAGACUUAACAACAUCAAUACCAGUUUCCCCCACAACUACCCCAUCUCCAUCAACAACUAUAGAUGCUAAGACAACACCUACAAACAUCUCCGACAACAGCAGAAACCCUCUCCCUUACAACCAUCACCGUUCCACUAACGACAGUGGAUGGCAAAAGAACAUCCACAGAUCUAAGCACAACAGAGAGAACCACAACUGUCCUGACAACUACCACUGCUGUCUUCACAACAGAAAGUGA